AUGCACACCGGCCGAGCUUACAUAGUGACCGGGGGUUCAUCAGGAAUGGGCCAGGCUGUCGUGAAAAAGCUCCUCAGUCUAUCGGCCACAGUGCACACGAUCGACAAAGCCGGACAGAUGCCAAUCGUCUCCCUACCCGACUCUGACCGACUUCACUUCCACCCCAACAUCGACAUCAGCUCACAUGAGAAAGUAACUCAGACGUUUGAAUCAAUCAUACAACAAUCCCCGGUGAUCAGCGGCCUCGUCAACUGCGCGGGCAUUAUACUCCCGUCCAACAUCCUCGAGCCAGUCGAGAACUUCAACAAAGUGAUGGCAGUUAACGUCGGCGGAACAUGGAAUAUGGGGACGACGUACCUACGCUAUGUGUUGGAACGGCACGCAGAUACCAUGCGCGAUAAAAAGGAAGGCUCAGUUCCGGAAGGAAUCGGGAGUAUGGUAAAUAUCGGAUCCACUGCGUCUCUGUUUGGAAGUCCGGGCAUUGCGUCCUACUGUGCAAGCAAGCAUGCUGUUCUUGGGCUUACUCGCACAUGGGCAAAGGACUUUGGGGAUAAAGGGGUCAGGGUAAAUUGUGUUGCGCCUGGGGCCACGGAUACCCCCUUGCUUGGGGGUGUGCCGCCAGCUUUUGUCGAUUAUUAUGUUAAGAAUGUGCCGCUGAGGAGACUUGCCAGACCGGAGGAGUUAGCCAAUACGGUUGCUUUCUUGCUCAGUGAUGAUGCUUCGUACAUUAAUGGGCAGGUUAUUCCUGUGGAGGGUGGAUUUCAUUAG